UCUGCGCGGUGGAGCCUGUAAUCGCAAAAGUGACGGUAGUUUUUUUUUCCUUCAUAAAUAUUCCAAUUUUGUUACCGUACCUCGAGGAAAGAGUAACCCGAUCGUUAUACCACGCGGGAGACACAUAUUCGUAACCAUGAGGACAUACUACGUGAUAGCCGCCAUUCUGAUCGCCGGCGUAACUGCUCAGGAAUCGUUCAAAUGUCCAGACGACUUUGGUUUUUAUCCUCAUCACAUAUCCUGCGAUAAAUAUUGGAAAUGCGACAACAAUGUCGCGGAAUUAAAAACAUGCGGCAAUGGGCUCGCCUUCGACGCAAGCGAUAACAAGUUCCUCACUGAAAAUUGCGACUACCUCCAUAACGUAGAUUGUGGCGACAGGACACAGCUUGAGCCAGCGAUUAGCACGCCACAUUGUCCUCGUCUCUAUGGUAUCUUCCCCGAUGAUAAGAAAUGCGACGUGUUCUGGAACUGCUGGAACGGAGAGGCCUCCAAAUACCAGUGCAGUCCUGGACUUGCUUACGACCGUGAAGCCAGAGUUUGUAUGUGGGCUGAUCAAGUACCUGAGUGCAAGAACGAAGAGGUCGCAGGAGGUUUCACGUGUCCGGCCGCGGGCGAAGUGAGCGGAGCAUCCGGCAGCUUUAGCAGACACGCCCAUCCCGAGGACUGCAGAAAGUAUUACAUAUGCCUUGAAGGUACCGCUAGGGAAUACGGCUGCCCAAUCGGUACAGUUUUCAAGAUUGGCGACGCCGACGGUAGCGGCGCCUGUGAGGAUCCUGAGGACGUUCCUGGAUGUGAGGAUUACUACGGUGACUUGGACCUAAAGAGCAUCAGGAAGAGCGAACUGCUUGCCGGAAUUCAAAAUUCAGGCGAAACCAGGAAGCCUCCUCAAGGCAAACCGAGGCCCCCAUCGGCACCUGCGAGGCCCAACACACCCCUUCAAGAAUAAUUUCUAACCUAUCUUCCACCUUUUGUUCCCCAUCUUGUUCCCUUUCUUCUUUCCCGCAUCUUUACUUCUUUCCCUCUUUUACCUCUUCAUUUCUCUCUCCUACAGAUACUUUACCAAAACUCUUUUCUCCGCAUACUUUCCUAUCACACAUAUACACGAUUACACAUGCGUGCACACAUAUAUAACAUACACACUUACACGUACAUGAAGUCUCGAGCGAACGAUCCUGAUGUUCGAUACCUCGAAAUAUGUAGAGCCAGGAGCCAAGAGUGCUGCUCGGUUAUGUUCAUUCUUUGUGUUCCUAUUCGAGCCAAAUUUUGAUAGACGUACAUAACCUCCUGUAUAUUCGGUGAUUGCUUCGUAUUCAAUGGUUUGGCUUGGAUCCGGGAUAAAGUUCGCGAUUAAAAAUUCACGAGAUGACCCCACGAAUUGUCUCGCGAGUGUCUCGUGACUGUGAAGAGUAAAUGUCAAAUUCCUUCAUCCUUAAUGUUCAUCUGUGUACCACGAUAUCGACGACGGAUAAUGACAACAAUGGACUGAUUUCUUGCGAUUUUAAUUCUCCACGCGUUGUCGCUUACGGUUUUUUCGAUCGUGUAAUUAUUUAAGUGUGGAACCGUAUCGAAUAAUAUGAAUGAAACGAUUAAGAGACUGAUUGUACCUCGUCAACACGUGGAAAGACAAUUAAAAUCUACAAAUACUGUUCAACCGGUAUUCUCUUUUGAUUACACCGCCUUUAAUAUUUGUUUAUCUUCGUCCCCAUCGGGCAUUUUGAUGAACAAAAUUAAGAUAUUUACUCGCUAUAUUGAAAUUCGAAUUAAUGGUAAUUCGAGUCAUAAUCGUACUGUCUCAUCGAUAACUUCUUUCAUUCUUUCUUGCCUAUUAUCAUCAUUUAGCCCUCUUAUAUCCUCUUCGUACUUGCUCCUUACACUCUCUUCGCUAUCGUAAGACAUGCGAUUAUGGGAAAUGGAAAUAACGGGAAGCUCGUUGGUCAUGAUGUAUACGUCAUUUAGAUUGGAACGUUCAUUGGAUCUUGUUCUCACUGAGAAAUUCGAGGAAAAAGUUCAAUGAAUGGCGAUAUUUCUAAAAAAAUUUUCAAUUCGAGCUUGCCCUCACCGACACUCUUGGCCACGGUCAAGCAUGCUUGCGUAAGCUAGAUUCGUCCGUAUAUUUUUAAGUAAUGUGAAAGAUUCGUAUAAU